GGUCGGGGCCAGUCUCUGAUGGUCGACGAGGGAGGACAGGCAGUUCAUCAUGGGUGGCUUUUUCUCAAGCAUUUUUUCCAGUCUGUUUGGAACCUGGGAAAUGAAGAUUUUAAUUUUGGGAUUAGAUGGAGCAGGAAAAACUACAAUUUUGUACAGAUUACAGGUUGGAGAAGUCGUUACUACUAUUCCUACCGUUGGAUUUAAUGUUGAGACGGUAACAUACAAGAACCUAAAAUUCCAAGUCUGGGAUUUAGGAGGACAGACAAGUAUCAGGCCAUACUGGAGAUGUUAUUAUUCAAACACAGAUGCAGUCAUUUAUGUAGUAGACAGUUGUGACCGAGACCGAAUUGGCGUUUCCAAAUCAGACUUAGUUGCCAUGUUGGAGGAAGAAGAGCUGAGAAAAGCCGUUUUAGUGGUGUUUGCAAAUAAGCAGGACAUGGAACAGGCCACGACUCCCUCGGAGAUGGCAAAUUCACUUGGGUUACCUGCCUUGAAGAACUGAAAAUGGCAAAUAUUCAAAACUUCAGCAACCAAAGGCACUGGCCUUGAUGAGGCAAUGGAAUGGUUAGUUGAAACAUUACAGAGCAGACAGUAAUUCAGUCACUUCC